AUGGCUGCAGAGACCAGCCCAUCCCCAGAGCCCUCGUUCCUAUUCACUGGGGAGGAGGAAAGGGCAAGGACGCUGGUGAAAGGUUUGGAGUGCAGAUCCCAUGAGGAGCGCCUGAGGGAGCUGGGGGUGUUCAGCCUGGAGAAAAGGAGGCUCGGGGGUGAUCUUAUCGCUCUCUACAGCUGCCUGGAAGGAGGGUGUAGCCAGGUGGGAGAUGCCUUCUUCUCCCAGGGAACCAGAGACGGAACAGCCUCAGGUCGUGCCAGGAAGUUAUUUUAGAAGGAAAGAAUACAUCUGAGAAACAAGAUGUCUCAUGCUGGGAGUCGAUACCAAGAUAAGCAACACCAGCACCAUGAGAACCAUAGAUCUGACAGAUACAAGGAAGACAGAAGAGCAAGAAAACCAUACCCACACAAUGCAAGAGACAUCCGAGGUGGCCAGCACUCAAGGACUUCUCCUGUUUGCUCAGACCCUUACUCUAAAACCUCAGGAGCAGCACACGAGUAUUUUGGCCCUCCACCAGAGUUUUAUCCUCCCAAGGAGAGCUUCUCAAUGAAGUGUUCAAAGGUAUGCACAACAAGAGGCAUUUUGAAGUUCGUGGAAAUCACGGUUAACCUCCUGGUGCUGAUUUGCGUGGGCGCUUCCCAAGCCUCCGUUGCAGGCUUCACGUCCCUCGGAGGUUUUGGAUCCUUUAACCUGAAUUCAGCCUACAGCCCCUUUGAGGGCACGGAGCUGCGGGAGGUGAGGGAGCUGGACAUGCAGUUCACCCAGAUGAGAGCCCCUUGCGUGUACGGCGGAGUGGCCUUCAGCUUGACAGCGGCCACGCUCACCCUCGUCUUCCUCGUCGUGGGGGCAAAACCCAUCCAUCAGCUCCGGACGGGGCUGCUGCUAGGUGAAUGUGCCUUCAGCCUGCUGGCUGGCCUGGCGUACGUGGCGGCCGUGGGGCUGUACCUGCACUUUGUCAGGCAGGUGAACGCCACCGAGGUGUGCAGGAGGCGCGAGCGGCUCUACGCGCGCCGUGGCUACACCUCCAUGAGCUGCGACGUGCAGGGCGGCGACGCGGCCGUCGGCCUCUUCGGGGUCGUGGCUUCCUGCCUGUACUUUGCCAGCUUUGUGCUCUGCAUCCUCGCUAUCCGCACCGUCCGGGCCUUCCGGAGCCACGUGGCCGAGGCUCGGCACAGCCCCAAGGGCAGCCUUAGAGACAGAAGCGUCAGAAACCACCACACCGUGCACAGGAACUCUGAAAGCUCCCACAACGUCCAGGCUCUCGCCACGUUAGUGUGA